AUUAAACAGUCGUUGAAGGAGGACGGUGCUGCUGCUACUAAGAAGAAGUUGGACCUGCUGCAAAAGGAAAACAUUGAUUUACUUGAACGACUCGAAUCAUUGAAACAAGAGCUUGAAUCAGAGAAGUUGAAAUGUAGCAUGAAACAGAAACAGAUAUGACUUCAACCGAAGUCUGGUGGUCCGGAUGUUGAUAACUUACAACAUUAAUCUAACUGGAACGUUGAUUCAGUAUUCGCUACAUUAUGCUUUCCGAGAGGCAUGCCUGAGCAUCUCCAUCCAAAUUUUGGUCUCCUUAGUACUCUCUUAGAUUUUUCCAAGACCACACAGCAUUUAAUUGAAUCUUGAACUGUAUAGAUUUAGCAGAUAUGUGACUGAAAGGGGUUGACAAUCAGAAUUUACAAAAUGCUACAUGUUAAAUGUUUUCAGAAAGUAAAAUUACUUGCCCUAUUGUUCACUA